CACACACACGAGCCAAUCAGGCGCGCAAUAACAGAGCGAGCGAGCGAGGCGAGGCGAGCGAGUGCGCACGGAGCGGAGAAGGGAGCGCACUGCUGUCUGUCAUUAGCCGAGAGGGUGACACGGAGGAGUGAAAGAGGAGAGGGAGAAAGAGAGAGAGAGAGAGGGGAGAGAGAGGGAGGAGGUUCAAACAGACACACCGGGCCUGAGAGGAGAGAAGAAGAGAGGACAAGAAGAAGAGAGUGAGAGAGUGAGAGAGAGAGAGUGGGAGACUGACAGGCGUUACCGAAACUAGACGAACUCAAGCGUCGACAUGAGCGGUCAGUUUGAGGAAGAUAUCCACGACCGGGGCGAGAGGAAGAGCACUAAAUCCCCGACGCUGCUCUCCUCUUACUGCAUAGACAGCAUUCUGGGCCGCCGGAGUCCCUGUAAGGUCCGGCUGAUAGGGGCGCAAAGUUUGACGGGUCUGCCCAGCAGAGGGGAGCUCGACAAGACGGCUGACAGGCAAACGAAAGACCCCCUUUCCCUCAGCGCUGACAUGCACCUGCCACCCAAACUGCGCCGGCUGUACGGACCCGGGGGGAAGUACCUCCACGACCACCCAGAGACGCUGGAUAGGGAACGGCUCCUCCUGGAGCAAGCAAGCGAGAGCCUCAAAAUCAGCCAGGCGCCGCAGGUGAGCAUCAGCCGCAGCAAAUCCUACCGGGAGAAUGCGUCGUUGAGCCGGGGAGAAGGCGACCAGAGCCCCGGGGAGGGUUCGGAGGACGGCAGUCUGGGACUGGUGGAGCUCGGCCCGUUGAAGUUCGAGGAGGACGCGGGGAAGGAGGAGAGCUGCGGGGACGCGGCCGCUCUGUCACCGAAGGACGAGGAGAGGGAGAGCUUGAACGCCGGGGAUGGGGACGUGAGGGACGGGGAGGACAGCGUGUGUCUGUCGGCGGGCAGUGACUCGGAGGAAGGGAUGCUGAAACGGAAGCAGAGAAGAUACAGGACUACGUUCACCAGUUACCAGCUGGAGGAGCUGGAGAGGGCUUUCCAGAAAACACACUACCCCGACGUCUUCACCAGAGAAGAGCUCGCAAUGCGUCUGGAUCUCACCGAGGCCCGUGUUCAAGUGUGGUUUCAGAACCGCAGAGCCAAGUGGAGGAAGCGUGAGAAGGCCGGGGUGCAGGCUCACCCGUCUGGCCUUCCCUUCCCAGGACCCCUGGCGGCGGGCCACCCUCUCAGCCACUACCUGGAAGGAGGGCCCUUCCCUCAUCACCCCCACCCGGCCCUGGAGUCCGCGUGGACAGCUGCCGCAGCUGCAGCCGCCGCCUUCCCCGGUUUGGCCCCACCACCUCACAACGGCUCUGCCCCACCUUUGGCCACCCCGCUCGGUUUGGGUACUUUCUUGGGCACGGCUGCCAUGUUUCGUCACCCUGCCUUCAUUGGACCCACUUUUGGCAGGCUCUUCUCCAGUAUGGGUCCACUGACCAGUGCUUCCACCGCUGCAGCUCUCCUCCGUCAGCCCGCCCCUCCUGUAGAGAAUCCUUCCCACGCGGGACCCGUCCUCCCAGAUCCGUCCUCUUCUUCCUCCACCUCCUCUUCCUCGGCAGACCGCAGGGCCUCCAGUAUCGCCGCGCUACGCCUCAAGGCCAAGGAACACUCGGCUCAGCUCACCCAGCUUAACAUCCUGCCCACCGGAGCCACAGGGAAGGAGGUGUGCUGAACACUCAACACCAGCUCUAGGCCUCCACCACUACCACCACCACCACCCCCCACCCCGGUCCCGGGCUUACACCCUAUUCCAUGACUCCCCCAUUCCCUGUCCCCCCUUUUAAACAAACAAAAAAAACCCAUUCAUACCUCUGGAGGCUGAUGUCCUGAUGUCCCCUUGUUCAACCAUCCCUGUUACCUCAUGUUUCCCCAACAAAAUAGCACGACCAAAUUCAAAAGAGCACUGGCUAAAAAAAAAAAAAAAA